ACAAAAGAAAAGCAAUGUGGAACAUGAAGAGAACCAUGGUGAAGCUCAAGCAGAUGUUUUACUUGAAGAUCCUGAAGUGGGGAUGACCUUUGAUACUGAGAAUGAUGUGCGAGAGUACUACAAGAAUUAUGGUAAAGCGAAAGGGUUUGGUGUGACAAAAAGAAGCUCAAACAAAGACGAGAAUGGAGAACUAAGGUACCUUGCACUUAGUUGCUCUCGUCAUGGUAAGACCGAGUCCAACUCAAGAAAUAUGUUGAAGCCACAUCCAACAGCUGGCUUAGGAUGUAAAGCUAAAGUUAAUAUUGUUUGUGGUACGGAUGGAAAGUUGCAUAUUUCGAGGGUCAUUUUGGAUCAUAAUCAUACAUUAAGUCCACAUAAAUCUCGGUUAUUCAGAUGCAACAAAAUUUUGGACUACCAUGUUAAGCGAAGGCUUGAGUUGAAUGAUCGGGCUGGAAUACGAGUAAACAAGCAUUUCAAUUCUCUUGCUGUGGCAUCGGAUGGUCACGAUAAACUUACCUUUGGUGAGAAAGAAUGUCGCAAUUAUUUAGAGAAAACAAGAAGAUUGAAACUAGGAAGUGGUGAUGCAGAGGCUGUUCGUAACUAUUUUACGAAAAUGCAAUCAGACAACCCGAACUUUUUUAGUGUCAUGGAUGUUGAUGAUGAAUCAAGACUUAGGAAUGUCUUUUGGGCUGAUGCUAGAAGUAGAGCAGUGUAUGACUCCUUUGAUGAUGUCAUAACUUUUGACACCACUUACUUGGUUAACAAAUAUGAUAUGCCUUUUGCUUGUUUUGUUGGAGUGAAUCAUCAUGGACAAUCUGUGUUGCUAGGAUGUGCUUUAUUAUCAAAUGAAGACACUGAAACAUUUGUUUGGUUAUUUAAAGCAUGACUGGCAUGUAUGUCAAAUCAUCAACCAAGAGCUAUUGUGACCGAUCAAGCA